AGAGAGAAAACCUCACAACUUGGGCUGCCUGCGCGGUGGGAAGGCAGCUGUGGGCAGGGCCCUGGGAAAUGACGCUGCUGCUGUGGAUGUUGUGAAACCCUAUCCAGCUUUAGCAGAGCCGGGAUUUCGCUCACAGCUGCGGGCAGAUUGCGCUGCCCGUUGAAAUUAGCCAGAGCGGGUCAGUUGUUCCCAGGCAGCAGCCGCGCAGGGGAGCCAGACAAAAAAAACCAAGCAACGCCCUUAGUCCCUUGCAACUCGGGCUCCAGAGGCUGCCCUGAGAUGGAUGUGGCCGUGGAUCUGUACCUGGCGGUCCCGCUGCUGUUCACAGUCCUGGCUGUGAUCCUGGCUUCGGUCUUUGUGAAGCUGAGAACGACUGAAGGGGACAAAGCUGCCGAGACAGCCAAGGGGGAAGGGUCCCAGGGCAAGGAGGCAACCGAGCAGGGGGAGGAGAGGAAGGAUGGCGAGGGGGAAGGGAAGGAGGGAGAAGCGCUGAAGGAGGAGGGGAUUCCGAGGGGGGAGAAGGACGAGGAAGGAGCGAAGGACGAGGGGAGAAGGAUCCCGGUGGAGGAGAUUGGGGUUGAAGAGGGGAAGGCGAAGAGAGCCGAGGAGAAUGAAGAGCAGCAGACCAAGGAGGAGGCGGUGGCGGUGGCAGCGGCAGCCAGGACUGCAAAAGCAGACAAGCAGAGCCACCCUCAGGAGAUGAACAUCCCCCGCCAGGCUGCUGAGGUGGUGGAGGAAGAAGAGGAGGAGGAGGAGGACGAUGACGACGAGAGCAAGGAGGAAGAUCAAGACUGGGAAAAAGAGAGACUGGUGGUGAAUGAACCAGAUCUGGACGAUGCAGCGGACGAGAAGAUCUCCUUUAAAUACAGCCCCGGAAAGCUGAGAGGGAACCAGUAUAAGACAAUGAUGACCAAAGAAGAACUCGAGGAGGAACAAAGAACUGAAGACUAUACGAAGUUAUCCCUAGCCUCCUCCUAAAGGCUUUCCCCUUGGCAUCUUAAAGGCUUGAGAGAAAUACCAAAACCAACCAAACACACAAACAAAAGAAAAAACAAUAAACCCUCAAAACUCGGGAGUUUCUCCUUGGCUGAAGUUGGGUUCUUCAAAAUAACUCCUUGUGGUAUCAAGGUUAAGGAGAAUCUCUUGCUUUUGUCCCUGGGCGCAACCAGGCUAGAGCUGUGACUGGAGUUGUGUUUGGGGGGUUCAAGACCUAAUAUGGACUGAGAUCCCCCCAAACAGAACCCAGAGUGGACACCAAAAAUUCAGUGAGUCUAUUGAGUUGUGUUAAUCACACUCUGUCUGCCCUAUCCUGAAACCUGUAUUGUUCCUUUAGAGGAAAUGGGCAAAAUCCAGAUGUUAUUUUAGGUCCACCCAGAUGUUGUACCCGAGUAUCCAACCCAUUUCUUCCGGGGACCAAACUCAUCCUUUAGCUUUGAAAAUUACAGCUGGAGAUUUAAAACAUUGUUUAGCAUUGGGGGGGAAAGGGGGGUUGAGACACUAUCACUGGAUUGACUUAAUCUUGCUCUGUAAUCAUUUCAGCAGAAAGUUUAUCCUUUAGUUUAGGUAGAGGGAAGACCUAAGAAGUGAGAUUGGUUUGUCUUGUAGCUCUACUGUUUGUGGUGACUUCCCGUUUAGGAGCCCAAGCUUUGUUAAUGACUGGUAGUGCCUGGAGUUACUUUUCCUUGCUCUAGUUCCCAAGAGGGAGAGGGUGGAGGAGGUAGCCCUGAAAUUGAGGGCUCCUUCUGGAUUAUGAUGAGUUUCUGGGGGUGCCAACAACGUUUCCCAUUCCCUUCUCCACACCACCUUGCUGUUCUAAUAUCCCCCUUCUCUUUCCCAUUCCUUUUUGUCACUGUUGCUGGCCUGCCUGCUUUGCCCGAGGUUCAGCUUCUCUUCUGAGCCUUGUCAUGUACAGGAGAUGAGCUCUGAUGGGCAUCAGCACCCGCUCCAUUGAGAUCUAACUUCAAAUAGGGUUGGGUUGGUUUGCAGGAAGUCCUUCCAUGGGAAGAGGGUUUUGAGUCCUCUGCUGACAUCACCUCAUGUCCUGCAGCAUUACAGCAUAGUUGGAAUCUGUCCUCCAAGCUUCCCUUCAUUUUUGUGGAGAGGUCGCCUCUUAGCUAAAGCUUCAAGCAUAUCAAAAAACAGGCUGCUUUGUUUUAUUCCUACACAGACAAUACUUGAAACUAUUUACUUGGUCGUUCUUUGCAGCGCCUGGGUUUGGAGAAUGUUUGUCUGUAAAAAGGGCUCAUUUCACAAACAGCCGGAGGCUUCAGCUUUAAGGAAGCUGCCCCUUCCAAGCCGGUAACUGCUAGCACAUUAAAUGGAUUGCUUAUGACUCCUAGACACACAAGGCCGCUCUGCUUCGAGGUAUCCAACAUGACUGGCCAUUCUGUCUCCAAUUCGUGCUGGCUGGCAGAUUUGACGUUCCAAGCGUGUGACUAUGCAAAGAAUGCCUUAUAUACAGAUAUCUUUAAGUUAUAUGGCAAAAUAUACAUCAAGCAAGCGAAGUCUAUAGCCGAGCCCAGAUUUUGCAAGUGGCAGCGAGUUAAGCUAUUUCUUUAACAACAAAAAAGGCUGUCUAGGUAUUUUUUUAACUUUUUUUUUUUUUUUUUUCAUCUGAAGGUGGCUGUUAUACACAGGACUGUAAUUCUAGUGGCUUGAAACUGUAAAUUGCCUUUGUUCAGUUCAAUAAAUCUUUGAAUAGUUUA